CCUACUUUUCAGCUGAGUAAACAACGUGGCAGGUCAGACUAAUGGAUGCAAAAAGUUCUUUCUCGUGAAAAAGAGUUUGUUACAAAUCAUAACCUGACAAGAGUCUAAGAGAGACGCACUUGACUCAGCAUCACUUGUUGACGUUUUGGCGCUUUAACUACUCAGUUUGACAGAGAGUGUCUGAUGCAUAAAGAUGUCUGCAUUAAUCCAAACCAUUCAACAAUGUGUAUUCAAGAGUCCUGCCGCACAGCCAGGUGAUCUAACAGAAGAGGAUCCAGACUCCAGGGGAGAAACGAUGAACACUGAGGACAUCAGAGAAAGUGGAACUGUACAAACCCAGUGUGAUAAAAAGACAGAUGAAGUCCCUGAUCAGGGAUCAAAUGGUGGCUUAUUGUGGAAGAUGUCCUCUGGUCUAUAUAACACGGCCUCGGGGGCAGUAGGGUACGGGGUAGGUAGUGUGAAAUGGGUGGCAGGGAAAACUUACGAUGUCGGGUCAUCAGUGGUUAGCCAUGUCAAGGUACCGUCAGUUACGACACUGCGACGCAAGGACAAGAAAGAAUAAAUGGAGAUGGAAACUGAGAUUUAACUACAUUAUGUGUACUUAAAUUGUUUUUCUAUUGUUUGUUGCAAGUUAUUUUAGAAGACAUUGUAAUUGAAGGAGUAUGUGCAGUAUUUUUGUAACAAGUGCCAUAAGUAUACACAAAAAUGAUCCUAUGUUAACUUUAAGCAUAUGAAGGUGGAAAUUUUACCUCUUUUCAAGGUACAUGUACUACAAAAUGUUUGCAGGCAAACAUAGUUAUAACAUAUUUUUUUCCCCAUAAAUUAUUUUUAUUUCACCAUAAAUUUAUCAACACUUUUUUUGUUUUUUGAUUCUCAUCCAUCAAUAGUUGCUGGGUUUUCUCUCUCUUUUUUUUUUUUCGUACAAUAACCAUGUACAUAUAGGUAUCUAUUUGUAAAAUGUGCCAUUUUCUUUCCAUAAAUGAAAGAGAGUAUUUCAGUACAUGUAUAUUCUAGUCAAAUUAAACUGUUUAAAUAUUACCAUAGUAAAUGUUUAAAGUCUGUUUAUAUUUGUCAUCAUAUUACAUUUCUUAUACCCAAAUUGUCAUGAGAUAAAAAAAAAUAAUAGCAAUAGAUUUAAGAAGAUGGGCAAAUAAGCUGAGAAAAAUUCCUAUUGUAAAAAAAAAAGUAUACUCCACUUGUAAAAAAAAAAUUUCCUCUUAUUUUUUUAACAUUAAUUUAUACAGCCAUGCCUCUGUAUUUGGUUUCUUGUGUUCACAAGCAAAUUGGGUUGAUUAAAAAAAUGUCUGAAAUCCUGAAACAUAAAAAAAUAUAUAUUCACUCUAAAUGCUUAUAUCACGUACUGAUUUUUUUUAAUGCUUCAAGUUGAAGCUUUUUUUUCCAUAACAAUAAAUACAAACAUGCCAAACAAUUUUCACCCACUCAGCACUUACACUGUUCACUUUCUAAACUUAAAUAAUAAAUGUACAUAAAUGUAAUCAUUAAAAUUAAAUUCACAUACUAAAUUUAUUAUUUUUUUUAUAUAAUACUUUAAAGUUAUAGGCAUUUCCUUCAUUAAAUUCACCUAUUUUCUUUGUUUUAAAAAAAAAUUUACCAAGGGGAAAAAAUCUGUAUGUGAUGAUAAUGUAAACAUUAAAAAUUAAUUUAUAUUUGAAAAAAAUAUAUAGAUACAAUCCGAGUAUAAUCGGAUGUUCUCAAUAAUUAAUGUCUCAGGUAUGACGCCAAAUAAGAAAAAAAAAAAUUGUGUACUGCAAUAUUUUGUCAUGUUUUUUUUAUUAAAUAUAAUCUAGAAAUGUGUCCAUUUAUCAAGGUUGUAGGGUAAUGUUUUGAGGAGUAUAUAGGUCCUGUGUUUCUUAGUAUGUUUCUCAUCUAUGCUCACAUUAAAGUACUGAUAGACAAUCAAAUUUGUGUAACUAUAAAGGCCUUCUGUAAUAAUAUACUGUAUGACAAUUUUUUGUUGCUCUGUAUGAUUUUUAUAAAUGUCCAAGAUAUUAUAGUGGUAAUAAAUUAUUUGCUUAGAAUGACAAGGCAACAAAUUCAAUUUAUGAAUACAUGCAUGAUUGUUUUCAGGGAUUAUAGUAUUAAGGACAGAUGCCUUUUGAAUGAAAGGUGUUCUCAAUUAUUUCUUUUUUGCAUAAUAUAUUUUUUUUCACUGUAUCAUAAGUGGUUGACAACAUACGAGAAAAAUAUAGGUGUUCGAAAAUAUAUGUUUAUAUCCAGUCUUCCUUGAGAUUCUAUUUCAUAUCAUUUUGGUUAAUGCCAUAAUGUGAGAAAAUUUUAUUUUUUGUUAAAAUAAUGUGCCCUUUUGAUAAUUUUGCAUGUAGCUAAAUCGAAACUAUAUCAUUAUGACUUAAAUUUCAUCAGAAUAAAUACUACUAUGGGAUUAUACAAGAAACAUUUUUUUUGCGACCCAAAGAGUAAAGUUAAACAGAUUUAGCACACAGUGACACAAAAAAAACUGCAGCUUACUUUGCAUUAAGGAGAUACAGCUGUACAGUGUAUAUCCAAAGAAAUUUAAAUGUAGUUUGAUAGCUGUGUUAAAAGCUGAAACAUGUAUGUUUUCACAUGAAAAUUUUUAACAUGCUGAAAAUGAGACUUGCAAUGUUUGUUAUACUUACCUGUGUAAGUUCAUCCUGCCAGCGUUGGAUUUAGUCAUGCUUUCAUGUUGGAUGUUAAGGUUACUUGUACUUGUUCAUCAUUUUGAUUAUUGAAACCACAUUAAAGAAAAUAAUAAUUAA